AUGAACACAAACCCAGAAAAAAAAAAGAAAAAAAAAAAUCUCACUAAUCUCAUUUUAAGAUCAAUAGAGAGAAUGGCUUGUAAAGACAAGCUUCAAUUCCUUUUGAUCAUAUUCACAAUCUUGAGCUGUUCUCUUACAGCUUCUGCAACAGUCUCAGAAGCAAAUGCUCUUCUCAAAUGGAAGUCAACUUUCACAAACCAGACAAGUACCUCAAAACUGUCUUCUUGGGUGAACCCAAACACAAGCAGCUUCUGUACAAGUUGGUAUGGUGUUUCUUGCUUACGCGGGAGCAUCAUCCGGUUAAAUCUCACGAAUACCGGUAUUGAAGGUACUUUCCAAGAUUUUCCAUUCUCUUCUCUUCCCAAUCUCACUUAUGUUGAUCUUAGCAUGAACCGUUUCUCUGGAACCAUUCCUCCCCAAUUCGGACAAUUCUCUAAACUCAUCUACUUCGAUUUGUCCAUUAACCAGUUAGUUGGUGAAAUCCCACCUGAGCUUGGCAAUUUAAGUAACCUAGAAACUCUCCAUCUUGUCGAAAACAAGUUAAACGGAUCGAUUCCUUCUGAAAUCGGUCGGUUAACUAAGGUUCAAGAAAUAGCCCUGUACGACAAUUUGUUGACCGGACCAAUACCUUCUUCUUUUGGAAACCUAACCAAACUAGUUAACCUUUAUCUCUUUAUCAAUACUCUCUCUAGUACGAUCCCUCCUGAAAUCGGAAACCUUAGCAACCUUGUUGAGCUAUGCCUUGAUAGAAACCACCUAACCGGUCAAAUCCCUUCUAGUUUUGGAAAGUUGAAGAAUGUAACACUUCUCAACAUGUUUGAAAAUAGGCUCACUGGUGAAAUCCCUCCUGAGAUUGGUGAUAUGACCGCUCUAGAUACCCUUAGCCUCCACACAAAUAACCUUACCGGUUCGAUUCCUCCUACUUUAGGAAACCUCAAAAGCCUAGCCAUUCUUCAUCUUUACCUGAAUAAGCUUAGUGGUUCCAUACCUGAGGAGCUAGGAGACAUGGAAACAAUGAUUGAUUUGGAGAUAAGUGAGAACAAACUCACUGGUCCUGUUCCUGAUUCAUUUGGCAAGUUGACACAGCUCGAAUGGCUAUUCCUCCGUGAUAACCAGCUUUCAGGUCCGAUCCCACCGGGAAUUGCUAACUCUUCAGAGCUGACCGUUCUGCAACUCGACACCAACAACUUCACAGGCGUCUUGCCUGAUACCAUCUGUAGAGGUGGCAAGCUCGAGAAUCUCACGUUAGACGAUAACCUCCUCGAAGGUCCCCUUCCUAAAAGCUUGAGAGAAUGCAAGAGUUUGAUCAGAGCAAGGUUCAAAGGGAACAGUUUCACCGGAGAUAUCUCUGAGGCUUUCGGAGUCUACCCGAAUCUCAAUUUCAUUGAUCUCAGCAACAACAAGUUCCACGGACAGAUUUCACCGACGUGGGAACAAAGUCGAAAGCUGGUUGCGUUCAUCGCAACAGACAAUAACAUCACCGGACCGAUCCCACCUGAGAUUUGGAACAUGACACAGCUAAGUCAGCUCGAUCUAUCUUCCAACAACAUCACCGGCGAGCUCCCGGAAUCAAUCAGCAAUCUCAACCGUUUGUCAAAACUACAACUUAACGGGAAUCAGUUAUCCGGUAAAAUACCUUCAGGAAUCAGACUCUUAGCAAAUCUUGAGUAUCUUGAUCUAUCCUCAAACAGAUUCAGCUUUGAGAUCCCGGCAACACUUGACUCCUUGCCAAGGCUUUACUACAUGAACUUGAGCAGAAACGAGUUGGAUCACAACAUCCCCAUGGGUUUAACAAAGCUGUCUCAGCUACAAACUCUUGAUCUCAGCCACAACCAACUCGACGGAGAAAUCCCAUCACAGUUCAGCUCCUUACAGAACCUAGAGAGACUCGACCUCUCACACAACAAUCUCUCAGGUCCAAUUCCACCAAGUUUCAGAGAAAUGCUGGCACUAACACACGUCGACAUAUCACACAACAACCUCUCAGGUCCAAUUCCAGAUAACAAAGCAUUUAAAGACGCAGGUCCAGAUGCAUUGGAAGGCAACAGAGACUUAUGUGGUGACGACACAAGACAACGCUUGAAGCCAUGUCCGAUCAGUUCUUCCUCAGGGAAGAAGAAAUCAAACAAAGACAGAAACCUAAUCAUCUACAUACUCGUCCCAAUCAUCGGAGCAAUCAUAAUCCUCUCAGUCUGUGCCGGGGUUUUCGUUUGUUUCCGUAAGAGAAAGCCUCAAAUCGAAGAGAACUCAGACACCGAAUCAGGAGAAACGUUAUCGAUCUUUAGCUUCGAUGGUAAAGUAAAAUACCAAGAAAUAAUCAAAGCCACAGGAGAAUUCGACUCGAAACACCUAAUCGGAACCGGAGGAUGCGGCAAAGUCUACAAAGCGAAGCUACCAGCGAUAACAAUGGCAGUGAAAAAGCUCAGCGAGACAACAGACGAGGAGAUCUCGAAACCGGCGGUGAAACAAGAGUUCCUAAACGAGAUCAGAGCACUUACGGAGAUCCGUCACCGGAACGUCGUGAAGCUGUUCGGAUUCUGCUCGCAUCGACGCAACACUUUCCUGGUGUACGAGUACAUGGAGAAAGGGAGUUUGAGGAAAGUUUUGUCGAACGACGAAGAAGCGAAGAUGCUGGAUUGGAGGAAGAGGAUCAAUGUGGUGAAAGGUGUGGCCCAUGCUUUGUCGUAUAUGCAUCAUGAUCGGUCUCCGCCGAUUGUUCACCGUGAUAUUAAAAGUGGGAACAUUCUUCUCGACGAAGAUUUCGAAGCGAAGAUCUCCGAUUUCGGUACGGCGAAGCUUCUCAAGGCGGAUUCUUCGAAUUGGUCCGCCGUUGCUGGAACUUACGGCUAUGUUGCUCCAGAACUAGCUUACGCAAUGAAAGUGACCGAGAAAUGCGAUGUGUAUAGCUUCGGAGUACUAACUCUUGAAGUGAUCAAAGGGGAGCAUCCGGGCGAUUUAGUUUCAACUUUGUCAUCGUCUCCUCUGGACAAAACUCUAUCGUUGAAAGAAAUUUCUGACCGUCGGUUACCAGAGCCAACGCCAGAGCUCAAAGAUGAGAUCUUAGAAAUUGUGAAAGUUGCACUUUUAUGCUUACAUUCCGAUCCAAAUUUUCGCCCAACAAUGCUCUCUAUCUCCACUGCCUUUGCUUAAAAAUUGGCCAAGCAGAAAGUGAUACCAAGCAUUUUAUAGUUUUAUGCAUUAUUAAGGUUUCAUGAUUAUGUGUUAGUUUUCCAUUAUGGAAUGUUAGUUAUAUUUGACACUAUUCUGUUCUAUUAUACAAUAGUCCGCAUUUUAUUGUAAA